AUGGCCGACCCUGUAAUUGGUGCUACAGUUCAAGUUUUGCUUGAGAAGCUACUUUCUCUAGCUAUUGAAGAGGUCAGUAGCUCAAGGGACUGCAAGAAUGAUCUCAAAAUGCUAACACAAAAUAUAUCGAUAAUCCAAGCUUUCAUUGACGAUGCUGAAAGACGGCAACUUGAGGAUCAGACUGUGGAAGAAUGGCUCAAGCGUCUUGAGAAAGUUGCUGAAGAUGCUGAAUAUGUGUUUGACGAAUUCAGAUAUGAAUCUCGUCGAAGACAAGUGAAGAUCCGUAACAACCAAAUGAGAAAGCCUGACAACAAAAUCAUAGAGGCUGCAACUUUGUUCUGGGAUAGCGACCGGUCAGUGUUUCGCUUCGGGGACCUUGACAUGACCCCUGUACUUGAAGAAAUAGGGGGUCUAGCUGGUAUUCCUUGA